AUGUUCAUUCCAGGAAUUGUCCAGGCCCUCGUUGCCGCCCUCACCUUUGGCAUCGUUCUCAACGCCGCGUCCGCCGCCGUCUUUCUUUUCGCAAAGGGCCAUGGCUCAAAGAUCUUUCGGGACGGCCUGAGGCUGGUCCUCAUCACAUUCCUUGCUUCCGCAGCCCUGUGGGCUCAAAUCGACUUCGCCGCCCUUACUAUCGAUCCGACUGCGACCUCCGGGUGCCAAGUCGCCGUAAUAUUUACUACCAUUUUCGACCAGUUGGCCCGUUUCGCCAUCGAACAAUACCUGCUAUGGGCAAUCAAUUCAAACGCCAAGGCGCCGACGGGCGCCAUCAUUCCCCAGGCGGUCAUUGGAACCCGUUUUGUGCUGGGCGCUGUGUUCGUCGGCUUUCAGAAACCACAGAUUGCCACCGUCUGCGUGUCCAAGACCGACGUUUUGCCAAUCGGUGUUGUCAUCAUGGUCACGGACUUUCUCAUCAUCGGUAUGCUCGCCUUCAGGGCGAGCUCUCUCGGUCUCAUCGCGGAGGCCAAAAGCGGCCAGGCUGGUGCUCAGGGUAAAAAGGCCGUCCUGUGGAUCAUGGGUGGACAUGGUGCGUGGACUGCAAUUACUCACCCUGACGCGCAGUCACCGCGUAACAUAAGCUCCAGCAGAGAUCUUGGCACCUCCGAUUCCGACUACCCGCCAACCCGGUACGAAGAUCUCAAGGCCGGUACCAUCACUACCGUGACCACCUUCGGACAACCUAGAGAAGCGCCGCGUCCCGAGAUCCAGGCAGGCGCUGGUGGUUCUUUGCCCAUCAUUGCCGGCUCCGUACCUGGCCAAGCUGCUAUCGGUGUCGGAGGGGUUCCUGUCCAGGGUCAACUCUUCCCUCCCAUACGUGCGCAGACCGCCCCCGUCCGAGAAGGCAGAAGGUUGGAAAACGCACCGAAGCCGCAGUACAAGAGAAGCAUCUUCGAUCGAGGAGGGCCUGGCGCAAGCAUUAAGAACGCCAUCUCCAACCCGAUUCUUCAGGAGAGCGGCGAGCGCAACCCUCUCAACAAGAUCGCAACCAUCGACCUGGCGACCGCCGCACAGAAUGACCGGGAGAAAAGGGACAACGACAUGGCAACUAUGCAAAGAUUGCCGAGCUUGAUUGCACAACGCCCCGCUCCUCAACCACCAGCGAUCACGCCAGAGGAGGCCCUCAAGCGAGCCCAGAGCAUGAAGCGUAAAGAGGUUGGCCCGACAUCGCCCCCAGCGGCGCCUCAGCCCCUCAAGUCUGCUGGAUUGAUGUCAAAUCCUCCAGCGACAACCUCAUCCGCUCAGCUCUCUCCAGGAGUUGAGGAACUGAGGCGGAGAUCGCCUCGUCAAAUGCCGGAGGCUCUUCCACCCAAGGAAGAAUCUAGGCCGGUCACGCCGCCAAGGUCGGCAGCUCCUCUAAGCUCCGUUUCUCCACCUCGUCCGCCCCGGCCGGAACGACCCCUCAGUCCCUUUGAGACGAUGGAGAGAUCUGGCAGUCAAAAAACCACUGAUAGGUCUGUUAGUCAGAGAACGAUCGACAGGUCUGCCAGCCAGAAAUCAACAUCCACCACCGUCCAAGCCAUGUCACCUCCAACCGCCCUGGUGCCGCCUCCUCCCCCAAAGAGCGCUGCUCGCCUGACAUCACCAAAGAAGGACCUCCCGUCAACAUGGCCCAUCCAAUCGUCUGUUGAUCCGACGAUCCGACCAUCUAGGAGCAAGCCGUUGUCGCCCAAGAACCAGAACCAGAACCAGAGCCAGGACGGCUCUAGUGGGCCAGGUCUACAACGACGACCAACGACGACGGGUUUGCCAUCCAACCCCAGAGCGAUGACGAUGCGACCUCUUCCCAAGGAAGCAAUGGUGCCAAAUGAACAGACGGUCAUGUUCGUGAAUAACAUUCAGUAUAAUGACCCGACAGCAGUGCAGAACAUCAUUCAGGGUGCGGUCAAUCAAGCCGCCAAGACUCCUCUUGGGUUGCAGUCCCCCGGUUCAGCGCUGAAGUCAUCCGGCUCCGUUGUUCAUCGACCACGUCCAAUUCCAAGGCAACAGGGUAAGGAUCGCUCGGUGUUUCCCGCGGAAGAUACUCCCAACCACAAGCGGAGCAAGUCCGGAGGCUCCAUCAUCAGCAGAAAGUCAAUCCUGCUGUCAAAUCCGGGGAGCCCUACUCAAUUGCCUCCUCUCCCGCCCCCGCCUAAGAGUGCCGGCAAUCCCAUUCGGCCGCUGCCUAAUGACACGAAGAGCAUGACAUUCGAUGAGAAGAUGGACCUCUUUUUUCCCAGGCCGCCCAGCAGCUCCGACGCUGGUUCCAAGGCCAGGGAAUCGGUUCCUGAGAUGCCGGUUUUGCCCGCAGCUUACAAGAUUGAAAACAACGCUAUGGUCGAGGGCAAAGGAGGGUGGGAUACAGACAGCAGCCGUGUUCAAUCAAAGAUGUCGUCUGACAUCUCCACCAAGACUUCAGUGCGCACACAGAGUAUCCUCGAUAUUGACGAGCCUCAGCAUCCCUUGAACUACCCUCGGAACACGUCUAAGUUCAGUGUCGACACUUCGAUUGUCACUGGAAGAGGCCUUGCCGAAGACCGCGACUCGUGGAUUCCCGAUCUGCCCGUUCACGAACGCGCCCAGGGCAAAUCAUACGACGGAGCCAAGCGCCAGUCGUCUCCGGUCCUUCCUACUCGAAACCCAAGCCUCUCGGAAUUCAGCGAGUCGAGAACCCAUGACGAGGUUGCGACGACAAACUGGGGAUCAAUCCAUUCGCCUGUCGCUGCUGUGAACCUUCAAGACGUCACGCACAUGCCUAAACCCACCUGGAUUCAACCACGCGACGUAUCGAUGAUUAGCCACGGUGACGGCAAGGAGGUCAUUGACAUUAUGUUGGACGCUUCUGUAGAGCACGAGAGAGACUUCGUGCCUUCUAUACAGGACGGACCAGCCGAUCUCCCUGACGUGAGUGUCGCCAAUCGGGGCGCCCGUUGGCACCGUCGUAUUGGCGACGAGUGCGUGACGUUCUCGGAGCGUAAGGAGAAGGUCAACUCACGUCGGAUGCCACCGCCAACACCACUGCAGCUCAAGUCGCCUUCUAGGAGGAUGAAUGCUGUGGUGCUGCAGGUGGCGGAGCCGUCUCCGCUGGAGUCGCCGCAACACGCCUACGAGAUGAUCCAGGCGCAACUCAAGAAGCUCGAGGAACCCAACAGGGACUCUUAUGAGAGCCAGGGACAAAGAAUCCGCCUCCUUGAGUCUCUCGAAGCUGAAAUGGGUCAGCAAGAAAACCAAUGGCACGAGAUGCAGCAUGGCCUUAGCCGCGAUUCCUUCUCCACGAAUGGGACGACUUCUGUUCGCAACUCGCAGCAAGAGCCGUCGAAUGUCAGUGUGCAUUCGAGGGAUUCUUCCCUGCACUCCAACAUUGCGGCAGAUCGACGCGCAUCGCGUCGCGCUCGGAUGCAGAGCGGAGUUAGCCUGAACAAGUCGUCCUACGAAGACCUCAGAAGCGCCGCCUCAUCCAGCUCCUCCAACGACAAUCGCACUAGCCUCUGGCAACGGCGACUCAACGACGCGCAGAUGGAGUAUAUGGAGAAUGCGACCGAACUAUUGGCCAAGCGGAAUCUCAAUUUCUUGUCUGUCUCAAAGGCGCGUGUAAGUGCGCAGUUGGGUAGUCCUACCCCACCGGACACCGACGAGUCCGAGGGCGUCGACGCUCAGAUUCUCGCGACGCUCAUGCCGAAGGAGCGAGCUGCACCAGAGGGACAUCUUUGGGCACCCGUCUCGCCACUAUCUUCUGAGCGCGAAACAGCGCUGCUCUGGGCCCCGACCCACGAUGUGGCAAGCGAGCCCACUCAAAGCGGACAAGCUGCCGUCGUGCUCCCUGGACUAUCAGUCCGCCCUGCCGCGCGCAAGACCUCCGAGCCUCUAGUCAUCGAGAGCUUCCAAUUAUGGCAGUCGGAUCACACUGCCGCUAAAAAGCUGCGCAUCUCUUUCACCAAGUCCCUCUGGCGAGCUUCGUUUGUUGCUGAGCCUCCCAAGACCCAGGCUCGUCCCCUCACACAGCGACCCCCAAGGCGAAGCAAGCGCAUCACCGCCCUUCCUGAUAUUCUUGAGAACCCCGAGCCGCUUCCAGACAAGCGCGGCACCCUUGGCAUCUUCCAGUUCCCUUGGGGCGAGAAGUCAGAUACUGCGACUGUCCAACCGCGACCCCGCCAAAUGUUCAUGGCCAUGCCUGGUACCAUGUCCACCGGAGGAUCAGCAGUCCGCGCGGCUCUGGAGGCUCGCGCGCAACAGCUCCAGGCUCAGGAAUACUCUUCCUCGUUCUUCGACGACUAUGACGAGGAAGAGGAGGGCGACGAUGAGGUGUCGGACAUUGACGAGGAUGAUGAGAGCGACGACGGUUUCGAUGAGACCACGCUGUGGGAGAUUGCCAGUCUCUUGCAGUCGGACCAAGUUCCCUCCAAGAACAGCCUGCUCCCCCAGCCGCAAUACUACCGUCCCGACUCUCUCGUUGAGGACGAGUACGUUUCCCAGGGUUCCUCUGAGUAUCCCUCCGAGGACGAGAAAACGGCCAAUGAUGAAGACGAUACCAAGCAUGACUCCGUGGUUAUUACUGUUGCUGCCGAAGAAGUGCGGUCGUCGCCCGAGACGUCGUCCCUGCUUUGGACCGGGAAGCCCAAGCGUUUCGUUAGUGUCCGUCUCCCACCAGGGCUGCCGCAGCCUGACGCACGUACUUGGACAGCGUAUAUGGAUACGAUGAACGCUCCUCCUCGUAUCCAGACUCAGCUUCUUGAACCUGCAAUCAUCCACAGCAAUAAUCUCUGGAUCGCUCCUCUGAAGCUCGUCGAAACACCGAACAGCGGCACCCUCUGGACACGAUCGCAGCUCAAGACAAUGGCGACGCCGGUGACCAAGCCUCAGACCAUGAAGAGCUUGUGGGCCGCUUCUCCUACAAUCGUCGAGACGGAGGCCACGGGUCUCUUCAACAUUGACUACAAGCGCAUCACCUUCAGGACAACUUCUGCGUCUCCCGUUGGCCUGACCGUGUCGUCGACCGCUCGCGUUAUUGUUGAAGCACUCCCUACUCUGACCUCAAACAGCCUCUGGACAUCGCCACGGACACCAGCCAAGUCUCUCUGGAAUGCCCCCGCCGUCAUUGUCGAAGUGGUAUACGAGGGACUUUUCGAUGCCGGCCACAAGCGCGCAACUUUCAAGACUACCUCUGCCUUGCCCAUUGGUGUAAGCAUGUCUUCGACGGCACGUGUGAGCUUUGAAGCUCUUCCUUCCCUCACUUCCACCAGCCUUUGGGUUGCCUCCCCCACCAAGCCUGUUGUACACGAUUGGAUCUCCGUUGCUUCAGCAAGGCCCAGCUCACCUUCAAAUGCCGGCUCAUCUGGCCGAUCAACACCCAGCCUGGACACAGCUUCAACGCGGUCAGUUGUAUCGGAAGCCGUGUCCGAGUUCGAACCACUACCGGAGGUGCCUGUUAAGAAACCCACCUGGUGGGAGAACGAAUCCGACAAGCCCCAGGAACCACUUCGCCGUACUGAAGCUAGCUCCGCAGACUGGGAAGCUGCACUGAACGAGGCUAUCGGAGAAAUAUCAGCUUCGGCUCCUCUUGUCCGAACCAUUGCCAGCCCCGCUGAAUGGGUUGACGCUCUGAACAAAGCCAUCUCUGCCUCUGCGACCCCUGCUAAUCUCACCCGCAACGAGGCUAGCCCUGAGCAGUGGCAGGAAGCUUUAAAUGAGGCCAUCGCUGCAUCCGCCUACCCUGUCGAAGCGCCUUUCGAGCAAGAGGACGAGCAGCCUCGAUUCGUUGAGCAGUUCAACUUUGAACAACAACCGUAUGCCGAGCAGCCCGAAUUUGAGCAGCAGCCGUACUACGAGCAGCAACAACUCGAGCAGCAGGCAUACGAGCAACAACAGUUCGAGCAGCAGGAGUAUGAGCGACGCUUGUACGAGCAACAGCAGUAUGAGCAGCGUCUUUUCGAGCAGCAGCAAUAUAAUCAGAGACUGCUCGAGCAACAGAUGUAUCAGCAGCAACAAUACUACCAGCAGCAGCAGUUCGAGCCUCAGUUUGAUCCACAGUACGAUGAGCAGUAUGAGCAGCCCGCCGAGCCGCAAUUCGAGCAGCGAGCCGAGCCCGAGAUCUUCCUCCAACCGACGCAGUACGUACAGCCUGCGCGCGAGGCCGAUACCGAGUCUGAGUAUGACCCGGAGCCCGAGUUCGAGCCUGCGCCGUCUCCCUUGCCCAUGAGCACAACUACCACGUCUCUGUGGUCCGCGCCCGAGGUGACAACUCCGGAGGAAAACAGAAACAUGUGGACUCUGCCCGCGAAGCCUUUCCGUCACUCUUUCGACGCCACUCCCCUGACGCCAGAGGACUCCGAAUCUCGCGAGUUGCGUCUCAAGCGAACCAAGGCCCAGACUCGCGCCACCGGCCUCGUCAGCUUUGAGGGCCACUCCAUGUGGACGCAGUCCGCGCCUACAACACCCAUCGUUCCCAUGUGGUCGGCUCCAAAGGUCAUCAUUCCCAAAGACAACGGCAUCAUGUGGAUUGCUCCCACGAAGCCGGCGCUGCACGCCUACGACUCCGCGCCAUUGACCCCCGAGGAUUCUGAGUCCCGUUACCUGCGACUCAAGCGUACGCAGACGCGGUCCGCCCCCGACGCUGUGAGUUUCGCGGGUCACUCCAUGUGGAACCGCUUCUAUGGCGAGGAGCUUCAGCGCGUCGUGCCCCUCGGCGGUGGCCACAACUGGAUCGCCGGUGCCCCGUCCAAGCCCGCCUCCUAG